CUAGUGAUUUCAACUUCAUGGAGGCGAUUCUCCUCCACCAAUACAAGUCGAGGACAGGUUUGUGUAGUUAAGGAUAGAAAAAAGGAAUCAAACCCUAAUGCUUUGCAACGAGAAAGAGUAGAAUAGCAAAAGAUGAGCCAGACAACAAUGUAAUGGCCCAAAAGGUGGAAUGAAAAAAAACUUUAGAAAACCAAACACCCAUAGAACGAAAUGAAAUAACGGUGAAAGGAAAAUCCCGUAAAAAGGUGAAAACCAAACAAUAACAAUGGCGAAGAAAAUUUUUACACAAAUAACAGUAAACAACCCCUUUCCCCUCUCUGCCUCUCUCUUCCUCCCAAACUUAGAAAAAGGGAGAAAAAUCUGACAGACACGAAGACACAUUACUCCACUUUACUCUCUCUCUCUCCCUCUCUCAUUUUCUCCGUUCGUACAAAACACGGACUGCCAGUUCCUCCAUUUCUUUCCCUCUCGCGUUAACUAGUAGCUAGUCCUUCCUCCUACUCUUUCUUACAUUAUUAUUCUUCUUGGGCUUUCUCUGCAUGUUCUUCUGCUUUCUCCGUUCGGAUAUGAACUGACGGCAGCAGCAGUAGAGAAUUAAAAUCAGCUGCUGAAGAAGCUGCUCAGAGCUCUUCAAUGGUUUUUAACCUUAAACCCCAAAAAGCCCAAAAAAAAAAACCCAAAGGCCUGGUCUUUCCUCUGCUCUAGUUUCCUUUAUCGGAAACAAAACAUAACCCAGUCACCUAAUCUGAAAACAAAAGGAGAAAGGGGACCGUAGAAGCAGAAGAGGGAGGAAAGUCCUUUUCUUUUCCCGUCCCCUCUCCCUUCGAUCAUUGUGUAUUGCGUUUAUCUACGCACACGUAUAGUAGCAGCUUGCCAUACAUCUUUAGAUAUGGAAGCAAGCAAGUAAGAUCUAUUUUUCCAUAAAUAAAUAGUUUAAUCAAACUCCAUAUAUCUAUUUUAUAUGUAUAUUCAUAUAUGUAUAUGUAGUUGCUGCUGCUGCUCCUCCUAGUCUGCUCCUGCUUUGCAUGUACAAGUUGCGGUCUCCAAAUUCUGCUCCUUUGAAAAUGCUCUGUACUCUCUGUUGAGAAGCCCCCAAUACCCAUAAAAGAAAAAGAAGAAAAAGAAAAACAGGGGAGCUUCUCUCUUUCCUUCCCUCUUUCUUUCCUUGGCAAGUUGUUUACCAAAAUCGUACGGUGAGAUCUGGGUUUCUUCUGAAGCUCAAUUUCAAUCCAGCAGCAACCAGGUGGUGGGUGUUUCUGUGGCUAGAUCCGGGCAACUAUUGCAAUCUGAGGUUUGCUGCAGGGUGUUGAGGGAGGCAGGAACAUCAUCUGACAAAGUUGUGUGGUGCUUUUGGAGUUGAGGAAAUGUGGGGGUCCAACUCUUGAAAGAUUUAUUGUUGGGGUUUUGAGUAUUUUCAUUCCCUCUCCUUUCAUUUCUCUUCCUGGUGGUCAAUCAUUGCAAUAUAGUAGAAUUUGCUGGGGGAGUAAUAAGGGUUUGAGCAAUAUUGGCUGCGGAUGAAGGUGAAAUCGGUGGUCUUCUGUAGUAAAACCGGCUUCGGUUGAAACGAGCACUCAAGCAGAACAAUAAGGAAAAAAGGGGAGGAAAAGGUGGGGUUUUCUUGUGGGAUUUGUCUUCCAAAUGAGGGGCUGCAUAGUGGUGGAUACAGUAGUGUUGGCUUUUGUUCUCUUUUCGUGGGAUAAAAUCGCUUGAUUGAUUCUUGCCAGUUUUUAGGGGAGUUGGCUUGUUGAAAAGGCAAGGAAGGGCGGAAUAGAGAAGAAGAGGGUUGAAGGUUGUGCUGUAUUCUGGGAAGAUGAAGAAGAAGGUGAAAGUUGUGUGUGUGUGUUGAUGUUCGAUUGGUAGUGGUGGGGUUUUUUCCUUGUUUGGAUCUUCUGAAACUAUUUGUGAGGGGUUGAAUCCAAUUUGUAAUCAUGAGGCUUUCUUCAGCUGGUUUUAGUCCCCAACACAACCAAGAAGGUGAGAAGAGGGUUCUGAAUUCUGAACUUUGGCAUGCUUGUGCCGGUCCUCUUGUUUCGCUCCCUGCUGUGGGAAGCCGGGUUGUCUACUUCCCGCAAGGUCACAGUGAACAGGUUGCUAUAUCAACCAACAGGGAAGUUGAUGCUCAGAUCCCUAAUUAUCCAAGCUUGCCUCCACAGCUUAUCUGCCAGCUUCACAAUGUGACAAUGCAUGCAGAUAUCGAGACAGAUGAAGUUUAUGCACAGAUGACAUUGCAGCCUCUGAGUCCGCAAGAACAAAAGGAUAUCUACCUGCCAGCAGAGUUGGGUGCCCCUAGCAAACAACCAACCAAUUAUUUUUGCAAGACUUUGACUGCCAGUGACACAAGUACUCAUGGAGGCUUCUCCGUUCCUCGUCGAGCAGCUGAAAAAGUGUUCCCUCCUCUGGACUUUUCCAUGCAACCUCCGUGCCAGGAGUUAAUUGCUCGGGAUCUGCAUGAUAACGAGUGGAAAUUCAGGCAUAUCUUUCGUGGCCAGCCUAAGCGGCAUCUGCUUACAACAGGGUGGAGUGUGUUUGUCAGUGCCAAAAGACUUGUUGCUGGCGACUCGGUUCUUUUCAUCUGGAACGAAAGAAAUCAGUUACUCCUUGGCAUUCGACGUGCUAGCCGCCCUCAAACCGUGAUGCCUUCAUCGGUCUUAUCGAGUGAUAGCAUGCAUCUGGGACUUCUUGCUGCAGCUGCCCAUGCAGCUGCAACCAAUAGUCGUUUCACCAUAUUCUACAAUCCAAGGGCCUGUCCAUCUGAAUUUGUCAUUCCACUGGCGAAGUAUGUCAAAGCAGUCUAUCAUACUCGGGUGUCUGUUGGCAUGCGCUUUCGGAUGCUUUUUGAAACUGAAGAAUCAAGUGUCCGCCGCUACAUGGGUACAAUAACUGGCAUAAGUGAUUUAGAUUCUGCUAAAUGGCCAAAUUCAUAUUGGCGCUCAGUCAAGGUUGGCUGGGAUGAAUCGACUGCUGGAGAGAGGCAGCCAAGAGUAUCUCUUUGGGAGAUUGAACCACUGACAACAUUCCCAAUGUACCCUUCCCCAUUUCCCUUGAGGCUUAAACGUCCAUGGCCACCUGGCUUUCCUUCUUUCAAUGGAAUCAAAGAUGAGGAUCUGGGAAUGAACUCUCCUCUCAUGUGGUUUCGAGGAGAUGGAGACCGUGGACUUCAAGGAAUGAACUUCCCUGGAAUGGGUGGUGUUGCUCCAUGGAUGAUGCAACCAAGGCUCGACGCCUCUUCCAUGCUUGGGCUUCAAUCCGAUGUUUACCAAGCCAUGGCUGCUGCAGCUCUUCAGGAGAUGAGAGCCGUGGAUUCUCUGAAAUCACCAACUGCUUCCCUACUGCAAUUUCAGCAACAUGACAAUCUUCCAGCUGGUAGGACCCCAUCGUCUUUGAUGCAACAGCCUCAGAUGCAGCAGCAGUCUCAGCCUGGACAGACUCUUCUCCAAGAGAACCAACUCCAUGCCAUCUCUCAGGCUCAGGUUCAAAGUCAGUCAAACUUCAUUCAGCAACAAUUGCAGCAUCAGCAGUCAUUCAACAGUAGUCAACAGCAGCAGCAGCAGCAGCAAAGGCCACAGCAACAAAUACAGGUUGAUAAUCAGCAGAUUCCAAAUGCGGGUCAUAAUGGGCCUCAGUUUCGUCCUGCAGCAACAUCUCAAUACCAGUCACCACCAUCCCAGCCCAUGUCCUCACUGUGUCAGCAGCAGCAGCAGAGCUUCUCCGAUUCUAGUGGGAACCACGUGUCAGGCCCUGUUGCUGUCUCUCCAUUACACAGUCUCCUUGGCUCAUUUCCCCAAGAUGAAUCAUCAUCCCAUCUACUCAACCUGUCUCGAACCAGUCCCUUGAUGAAUUCUCCUUCUGAUUGGCCGCCGUCCAAGAGAGCUGCCAUUGAACCUCUGGUUUCGUCCGAAGCUCAUCAAUUCUCCCAGAAUGCUGUUUCAUUGCCUCCAUUCCCAGGGAAGGAGUGCUCUGCAGUGGACGCAGAAGGUGGCAGCGAUCCACAGAGCCAUCUUUUGUUCGGUGUGAAUAUUGAGCCCUCAUCACUUUUGAUGGCUGCCAAUGGAAUGUCUAGCCUUAGGGGAGUAAUCGGCAGUGAUGGUGGUGAUCACAGUGCUGGCUUGCACUUCUCAUCUAAUUACAUGACCAACAUGGGAACAACAGAUUUCUCGCUUAAUCAUUCUGCAAUGGCGGCCCAAUCGAGUUGUGGUGUUGAUGAGUCAGGGUUCAUGCAGUCAUCGGAGAGUUUGGGCCAAGUUAACAACUCAUCAAGUGAUACAAACUUUGUUAAGGUAUACAAGUCAGGGUCCUUUGGUAGGUCACUGGAUAUCUCCAAAUUCAGCGGCUACGACGAGUUGAGGGGCGAGCUGGCUCGGAUGUUUGGGCUCGAAGGACAAUUGGAGGACCCCCUGAGAUCAGGCUGGCAGCUUGUAAUUGUUGACCGGGAGAACGAUGUGCUUCUUCUUGGCGACGACCCCUGGCCGGAAUUUGUGAAUAAUGUGUGGUGCAUAAAGAUACUGUCACCACAGGAAGUGCAGCAAAUGGGCAAACAAGGGCUGGAGCUACAGAGCUCGGUUUCAGCUCAGAAGAGGCUCGCGAAUGGAAGCUGCGACGAGUUUGCAAGCCGGCAGGACGCGAGGAACUUGACCACUGGUAUAAAAUCUGUGGGUUCUUUGGAAUACUAGAUCAAAGAACCAAGAAGAAGAAGUCCAUGUGUAGUAAGUUCUCUCUUUUUCUUCUUCUCUUAACUGCUUAGAAGAAUGGGUUAAUCCUAUCCAUGCAGUGUAAUAUCUAGGCGCCGCCACUGUCACGUAUGUAGUAGUAGAGGCCAUGAGUAAGAGAAUGUCCGAUCUUCUUUUAAGUCUAUUGAAAUGUUGUUACCGUAAGUCUGUAACUAAGUACAGUGGAUUAGGACACCCUGUCCCCUUUUCCCCCCGUUUUUUUCAUGUCUAUGAUGGGAAUAUACUUGCAAAAUGGAUAUAUUAUGCAUAUCAUUAGCAGGAAAAGGCUCCUAAUUACAUGCUGCUAAAUCGAAAAGUAGCUGCCUUUUCUUAACUAUCUGGAUGUUUGUUUGAUUGCCUGUUUUUGCCGACACAAGGGUACAGUUGGAUUCAUUCAUUAGGGUGGUCUCAGUCACAGUAAAUGAACAGUUGAAAAGGAUGUUUGAGUUUGUCGGGAUCGACUUGGGAGCUUAUGAGUUUAGGGUUCGUGACAAGGACCUGCUCUACACGGCCACAUGUCUAUUAUUAUUGUGUGUGAAUUGGGUCAGCAAAAGAGGGUGUGAAAGCAACAUCUCGCUUUUCACAAGAGGAGGAGAAGAAGAAAGGGCGUGGCUUUAGGGUAUGGGGGGACUUUGAAGGAGGAAGGAAGAUGGAGGGUAGAUAGUGGGUGUGUGGAAUACACGGGAUGAUACUAAGGCGGGGAUAUCGGUUUCGGUUUAAAUCAAAACCGGACCGAUAAGAACGCGUUAUCAGAUUCGUUUUGUUAUUAUCCCAAAUUGGUUCAUACCUUAUCGGUUUCUUGUUUAAAGUUUAAACCAAGCAACAGAUAGGAAAUCGAAAAUAUUGGGCGGGAGGUGAAGGGGAUUUCGGUUUUUGAUUGGGGGUGCAGGAAGUUUGAUUUAUGGUUUGUUCUAAUCGAACAUGGUACGGUUUAAUCAGUUAACCAAACAUUGGGGGUUCGGUUUUGGUUUUAGGGAAACAACCUAAUUCAAUUUUAGUCAAUCAGUGGUUUAGGUUUGGUUAAUCGAACCAACAAGCUUAGCUGAUACAGUUGGAUUAUCAUACUGCAUCGUCUUGAGGGACUAAUUUCAGGCUAUCAUGAAGAUAGUGAAGAGGUUUGCGCGGGCUGAUCCCUUCCGAUUUGAAUCAACACGAUGGGACGGGAUCAGUCCGUGGAGAUUGGCCUCUUUUUUUCUUCCCUUUUGGUGUCCUUAGCUGGGUUGGGUAGGGCAGUGCAGUAGGGAAUGGUGGUAAUGUGGGAAAAGUGCCAAUGCCAUGUUGUGGGGGCUACUUAAUAAAAGGGUUUGGGGAAGUGACAGAAAAGGUGGUAGGGUUUAUGGGGCAGGGAGUGGUAGUAGAGAGGGCACUAUCUCAAACCCAUCCUUUUCAAAACAAUCUUUGGGAGCUGAAGGGCACUCACUCACUAUCUAUCUAUUCUCUCUUUCUCAAUCACCCACCCAUUAAAUAAUGGAGGGAGGGAGGGAGGUGUGGUGUUAGUCUAGUGGCAUCUGAUCCAAAUCCAAGAUUGAAAGUUUGUGUGUAAGGAUGGCAAUCAAAUGGGGGAAAUUGG